UCAGUUGUUUCACCAAACGCGCUGAGAGAACCUUGCCUUGGGACAACAUAAUAUCGUCGGAAUUAAAAAAGUUUAUUUAGUGUUUGAACAUGUCGAAGUUGGUAUUUUUGUGUUUGAUGAUUGGAGUGGCCAGUGCUGCUACGUUUAGAGGGAGAGUGCCGAAAAAACCAGAGCAUUUAGCUCACAAAGAAGGCUGUUACGUGGAGCAAGUAAAAGAUGUCAUCCCGUACGGGUCCCAGGCUACCCCCAUCGGCGAAUGCGUCCGGAUAGAGUGUGGAAGCGACAUGCUGUACUAUGCUACAUGCGGUGUGGUUUUCUCCAAUGAUCCGAAAUGCCACAAGACAAAUGAGGAUCUCACGAAGCCCUACCCCCAUUGCUGCCCUACGUUCAAGUGUGAAUCCGAAAACCAAGUCUAAUGAGUUAUGACGAGAGUAUAUCCAACUGGCUAAAAAAAUCAGGCUGUAAGAAAAAAAAAAACAAUUUUAUUUAUUUAAAAUUAAAUAAGGUCACUACCAUGGAGACUGUAUCAUCAUCUUCCUCGCGUUGUCCCGGCAUUUUUGCCACGGCUCCAUGGGAGCCUGGGGUCCGCUUGGCAACUAAUCCCAAGAAUUGGCGUAGGCACUAGUUUUUACGAAAGCGACUGCCAUCUGACCGUCCAACCCAGAGGGGAAACUAUGCCUUGUUGGGAUAAGUCCGGUUUCCUCACGAUGUUUUCCUUCACCGAAAAGCGACUGGUAAAUAUCAAAUGAUAUUUCGUACAUAAGUUCCGAAAAACUUAUCGGUACGAGCCGGGGUUUGAACCCGCGACCUCCGGAUUGCAAGUCGCACGCUCUUACCGCUAGGCCACCAGCGCUCUACCAUGGAGACUGUAUAAAGGAGCCAAAUCUCUAUGUAUGAAAAGUGUCCAUCAAAAAACAGUAAUUAGGCGGCGCCACCAUACACCGAAAUACUACCAAAAACAACCUACGUAAUUUGGUCGGGUUAUUUGUUGCCUUAUAUGGUUCAUGUUAUACUCAUGUCCCAGAGCCUAACUAGCGCCACCGGAGAGAUUAGGAACUAUUAUUUAAAGCUUAACGCGGUCACUUUUACAAUAAUUCUGCCAUAAGAGAUUGGCAUCCUUUCUAUACCAUCCAUAGUCACUAUCAUGAAUCUAGUAUAACUGGAUCGGUCGGGUUGGGGGAAAUGAGCGAACGGGAUAGUCUUAUGUAUCUUUCAGUAGGAGUAGCAGAGAAAGCGCUGUUAUUGUUUGUCCUUGUCACAGUCUCACAUUUUUUUUUAUUCCCCACCGUACAUUUAGUAUGGUUUAUGGUGGGCUACAAAUCUUCUCGACCAAUUGUCGAAUUGCGUAUGUUCUGUCCCUCACGGGCGCACGCGUAUAGCUGACCUAUGUAAUGCUAGGUCUAUGGUCACUAUGGAGCAUAGAUCUAGUAUAUUUCUAUUUCUGAGGUGAAAAAUAUUUUGUGUGACUACGAAAUUAUACAUACAAAAUGUAAAAAUAUUAAGCCAAUUUUUAUUAUGAUUGAGUAAGAAAGUAAUCAUUGCAGUACGAUUAUGGCUAAAAAUAACAAUCUCUGUUAUUCCAUGCUUUUGUGUUUAGUGGGUAUCAAAAUCUUAUUAAUCACGUUCUGAUUUUGCAAAUAGCUAGUGGUGUAGCCCGAUGUCAUUUUAGGCUUUCGGCAUUCACAAAGUGGACUGUUUUAGUGUGUUCAUUGAGAGUGUAUUUGCCAUCAAAGGACGGGUCAAAAGAGGAAUUGAUACAGUGGACCGUUUUGCUCUUGACUUGACUUGCGUUUUGAUAUCCAUUUAUUGGAAGGCCUUAUUUUCGAAUGUACAUUUGAUGCUAUAUUAUACUGAAAACGUAAUGGGUGGGCUUGAUUGCUCUGAUCUUUAUAUUAUAUUAAUCUGCAAUGAGGGCUAUCGUUUUUUUGCUCACUAGUUGGCGCCUCUUGAUGGUGGUCCAAAAGACUAAAGAACAGCUGUCAGUCAUUGAAGUGACAAGUGACAUUUGACAUUUCGAACUAUGGAAAAGACCACCAUCUACACUAGCGCCCCUAGCGGCGAAUUCAUACGCGUUAGCCUUCAUUGAUACCUAUAUUAAAUCAAACUGAUUUUUAUAUUUAACUUGCAUCUGCGUCUGCGCGACUGUGCGUAGGUAUUAUGCGUUAAACUUAGUAAUUUUACCCGCAUUUGAUGAGAUAAAACCCGUGAUAUAAGCAUUUUUUUGGUAAUAUAGGCUAUCUAUCAAUAAUACUAUAUAUACCUAUGAUAAAUUUCAUCUUUUGUGAUGCCGUUUUCUGUAAUUAAGAAACAUCAAAAUUUUGAUAUUUAAUAUUAGACUGAUAUUGUAUUGUAUUGAGUUUUGGUUUCAGAAUAACGUUUCCCUUUGAUUAACCGGCCUAUCAUGGCAUAGAUUUGUUGAUUAUGGAGUCCAUAUUGGUUUUACGGUUGAAAUAACAACCUAUACUGAACUUAGAGGUCUUAAGGUUUAAUCAAGGCACUUGGUAGGCAAUUAUUAAGAUCAACUACGGGCCGAUAAAGGCUUGGUUGAAUUAACCUUUUUGGGGUUCCGUACCCAAAGGGUAAAAACGGGAACCUAUUACUAAGACUUCACUGUCUGUCUGUCCGUCUGUCACCAGGCUUUAUGAACCGUGAUAGCUGGACAGUUGAAAUUUUCACAGAAGAUGUAUUUCUGUUGCCGCUAUAACAACAAAUACUAAAAAUAAAAUAAAAUAAAUAUUUAAGUGGGGCUCCCGUACAACAAACGUGAUUUUUUUGCCGUUUUUUUGCGUAAUGGUACGGAACCCUUCGUGCGCGGGUCCGACUCGCACUUGGCCGGUUUUUUGUAUUAUGUUAAUGACGUUAAAAUGUAACAAACUAACUUAAUGUAAACCUGCAAUUAUGUAAAGCUUGGAAAGUCUCAGUUUUUAAUUUACUUUAAUCUAUCUAAAAUGUAACUAAUAGAUAAACAAUUUAAAAUUAGGAAUUUUAAGGUUCUGGAAAAUAGAAUAUAUGUAUUUUAUGAUUAUUUGACCAUUUGUUUCACUUUAGUGUGACCAUAUUAAAUAUAUUAAUAACGGGUUACUCACGUAUCGGAGUGAAACAUGUCGAGCGUUACUUAAAAUACGUGAGUGACCCGUUAUUAAUAUAUUUAAUAUGUCUGUGUCUCACGGAAGUUUUGUUACUGUAACCAGUUGGGAUACUCGUGUAAUUGGAAUUAAAAAAGUUCCUUAUUAGAGUUGAGUUAUUUUCGACUCUAGAAGCUAUCUUGCCGCCAAAUUGUUGAAUUAAUUUAUUUUUAUUGAUUAAAUAAGUUUGUAAAAAAAAGUAUUUUGUUGCUUCCCUGUGGUU